CCAUGUGGUGGAUCCGUUUCCUCUGGCUUCCCUUUGCUGAAAGCUCGCAGCAACUCUCCGAGGCAGCCACUUGUGAUGGAAUCUUCUUCGCAACUUUCAACAUCCAAAACUAUGGUGUCAGCAAAGCCUCCAAAUCAGCAGUACUGGAAGCCCUUGCCGUGACCAUUCGUCGAUAUGAUUUGGUGACUAUCCAGGAGAUUUCGCAGCUUCCAGACGACACUGGCGUCUGUGGCUUGAACACCGAGUCGGCCAUUUGUGACCUGCAGGUGGCCGUCAACUCAGAGGGCCGGAACUUUGCGCUGCAGAUCUCCCCGAGGAUUGGGGAUGAACAG